AUGACCUGGAUGACUGAGAACCUUCAUAGACAGAUGUCGGUAGAUGUUGGUUGAUUUUGGUGGAUCUUGGUAGAUGCUGGUAGAUGUUGGUUGGUGUUGGUGGGCAUUGGUUUGUGUUGGUGGAUGCAACAUGGAACAGGAGUGGAGCACAUCACUGCAUCCACACGAAGAUCCAGAAACUCCCCCACCUCCUGCGAGCAGGUGCAGGGGUAGCUGGCACAUCUGUGAUGGCGUCAUUAAUGCUGAGGCACAUCUGCAGCUGUAGGAGAAUGUUCUCUGUCUGGACAGCGUCUGUGAUUCCAGACAAUGAAGAAAUCUCACUGAGCACAGCCUGCAGCAGCACGGCUCCAUAACUGACCCGAGUACAGCCCAGACCAUCACCCACCGAAACCACAGCUGGAGUGCUCCAUCCACCAGAUCUUUUUUAUUAUUCUUAUUAGUCGGAGUUUCUUUCAUGUCUGUACAAUGUUAAAGAAAACUGCGUUAGAUCUGCUGCCUGUGUUCUCAGUUGGUCAUAUUACUGGGAUGCUUUAAUCAUCCAUAGAUGUACGAGUGGAUGUUUAGGUGUGAGGGCUGUGUGCAAUUUAACUUUGAGAUGAUAAACGUUUGAUAUGUGAAUGUCUCUGUGCUGCAGGUCAAGAUCCAACACUCAGCAUGAGUCCCAAGCACGUCGUCUUUAAAAAGGUGUCCCGUGACAAGUCGGUGACCGUCUACAUGGCAAAGAGGGACUUUGUGGAUCACUGCGACUUUGUGGAUCCAGUCGAUGGCGUGAUUGUGAUUGACCCAGUGCAGCUCAAAGGAAAGAAAGUGUAUGUGAUGCUGUCGUGCACAUUUCGCUACGGCCGUCAGGACAUGGAUGUGAUGGGCGUGGCCUUCAGGAGGGACCUCUUCCUGGUGACCCGGCAGGUUUACCCCGAGCUGCAGGACAAAGAAAAGCUCACCCACACCAAGAUCCAGCAGAAGUUGCUGCGAAAGCUCGGAAACAACGCCUUCCCCUUUUUCUUCGAGUUUCCAGACAACCUGCCCUGCUCCAUCACUCUGCAGCCCGGACUGUCCGACGUGGGGAAGAAAUGUGCGGUGGAAUUUGAGGUGAAAGCUUUCUGUGGUGAGAACCAGGACGAGAAGAUCGACAAACAGAGUUCUGUCCGUCUCACCAUCCGUAAGAUCCAGUUCAGUCCAGAGGACAGCAAACUGCUUCCCAGCGCAGAGACAACCUUUGAGUUCCUGAUGUCUGAGAAACCUCUGCAUGUGAAACUGAGCCUGCCCAAAGAGACUUUUUACCACGGCGAGCCGCUCAAAGCCAAUGUUGAAAUCACCAACUCGUCCAGCAGGAACAUCAAAGACAUCAGCUUGUCAGUCGAGCAGGUGACCCACGUCAUCCUUUACUCCAACGAUAAGUACGUCAAGUCUGUGGCCAAAGAGGAGACCAGUGACUCUGUGCCUUGUGGCACCAGUCUGAAGCAGGAGUACACCCUGCACCCUCUGCUGGCAUACAACAAAGACCGCAGAGGACUCGCUUUGGAUGGGCGACUUAAACACGAGGACACCAACCUGGCUUCAUCGAGCAUUGUGAAGCAGGAGGUCCUGAAGGAGGUUCAGGGGAUUCUGGUCUCCUAUAAGGUCGUGCUGAGGAUGGUCGCCUCAGGGAUGGUGGGAUCCAGUGAGGUGUCUCUGGAGGUUCUCAGGCUCAUGCAUCCCAAACCGACACACACAUCUGUUGAAUCAGAUGACAUGGUGUUUGAGGAAUUCAAACGGGCCUACCUGAAGGGCGUGGUCUACGGAGACGACGACGAGUCCCCCACCGACGCCUGAACUACAAAGAUGGCUGCCUCAGGUCAAACGGCGCGGCGGCCACUCGGAGCUGAAGAUGAACACAGCGUGGUCGUCCACCCGUGGUUUCCUCACUGUUUUAACGACUCCAUCGUGUUUCCUGCAACACCACCCCCAGGCUAACUACAGCCGCGAGGUGGCGCUAGCAGGAACCAAAAACUCUGUCUGCCAUAAAUGACCAUCUCCUCCCCUAAUGCAGUACUUUUACCUGGAACCAGGUGUUUUUACUUUUUUUCCUGCAGCAUUUCCUCCAUGGCUGGGUUUGGUGUGUACUUUAGGGUUUCCCAAACCUGAUGCAGCGCCCUCCGGUGGCCACAGUGAUUAUGCUGUGAACAAAGCUGAGUGAUGCAGUCGUGGCUGGGAGGACGCUGAGGUGGAUGGACGGGUGGAGCUGCUUGUCUUUGAUGAAUGAAAUGGUCUAAGUCACAGGUGUCAAACUCCAGGCCUCGAGGGCCGGUGUCCUGCAGGUUUUAAAUGUGUCCUCGAUCCAUCACAGCUGAUUUAAAAGGACCUCCUCAACAUGUCCUGUAGUUCUCCAGAGGCCUGGUAAUGAACUAAUCAUCUGAUUCAGGUGAGCUGAAACAGGGUGAGAUCUAAAACCUGCAGGACACCGGCCCUCGUGGCCUGGAGUUGGACACCCCUGGUCUAAGUGCUUCAUUAGGGUUAGGUGAAGAAUGCCGACGUGGCCACAGGCGUCCAUGAUUGGCUGUCCUCCGUCCAACUCCACCUCCUCCUGCAACACGUGGAGCUUCUUUUGUUCCAGAGGAAAGCAGCUGAGGGCCUGAGGGUCAUUUCUGGGAGGCAGAGUUUAACAUUUCCCGUCCUCAGAGGGUCGGUGUGUCACGUUAAAUGAAGGAAAUGCUGGAUAUGAUGAGUGUCAGCAGGCCGGGCUGUUAGCUGUGAGGCUCUGAGCGAAUGUAGACGAGUAAAGUGCAUCUUUAGAGCUCAGUGAAACGAGCUGCUGACGUUCUGUAGAGCACAUCAUAGCUGACCUGUCAGUGUGCUUAUUUUAGAGGCAGCGAUGUUUCUCCUGUUUCUGUCUGAUAUGGUGAUACCUGACAUACGUGUGUGUGUUCCACUUUUUCUGCAUGCAUUAAACAGAUUGAGGUUGUGAGCUGUUAGUCGCUGUGCUUGUGUUUGAUUAAAGAAGCCUGUUCUCCAUGUUUCACACUCCGCACGGCUCCAUGUUUUUACAUUUGGGUUUCUCACUUCUACUUCCUGUCACACAGAGGUACUUUUGUUAUACGGUGACAAUAAAGAGAUCAGAUCGAGUCCAGUGAGCAUCCAUCCAUAAUAUUCUUGAUAUUUAUAAUUAAGUGAUUUGUGUACAUUAGUGCUAUUUUUAAUUCUUAAACUUGAAAAAUCUGUAACAUGUAUUGUUUAGUUUAGCCUGUUACUGUCUCGGAGCAACUAUAACCUACAUCAUUUCCUUAAGGAUUAAUAAAGUGUCAUGAUUAAUGAGUACAUCCACAAA